ACAUCCCAGCAAACAAACGGCCAUCUCGAACUCGAAACGGUCAAAAGGCAACGCUGGCUCCCCCACUACACACCAAACGCUCCGCCCUUCUCCGGCGUCCACUCCUCCUCUUCGUCCUCGUCCUCAUCGCAAUCGUGGCCAUCUACAACACCAUCCCUCGUCUUCGAGCUCUCGUCUUUCAGGUCAAAGUACCCACCUUCAACUACCCGCACCGACCGAUCACCACAUCCACCAUUAUGGGUUCGAAAUUCAAGAAGCCUCCGCAAGCACCGCCGCUCUUCACUCACACUCCCGAGACCAUCAUCUUCGACACGAAGCGAAUCCUCGAUCAGAACAAGGCAUUGCAAGACAAGAUCGUCAAGGAGGUGACGGUGGACACAGCCAACUUCAACAAUGUCGGUCUACUCUUCGCACGUGACGACAAUGCCAUGUCAUUGGAAACGCACAUCAUCGGAUUCUACCAAGCUGUCUCGACCGAUCAAAAGACUCGUGAUGCUUCAACGGAAGCGGAGAAGUUGAUGGAUGAGUUUGGCAUUGAGUCGGCGAUGAGGGAGGAUAUCUUCAAGCUGGUGGACGCAUCGUACAAGAAGCAGAAGGAUGAUGAGAAGCUGGAUGCGGAGAGCCGGAGACUGCUGGAGAAGGAUCACAAGAGCUACAUUCGCAUGGGAUUGGGAAUUCCGGCAGGACCUGAUCGGGAUCGAUUCAAGGAGAUCAAGAAGAGACUGUCAGAGCUGGGAAUUGCCUUCCAGAAGAACCUCAAUGAGGAGAAGGGCGGGUUGUGGUUGACAACAAAGCAGCUCGAUGGAGUGCCGGCUGAUGUCGUGGAUGGCCUGAUGAAGGGGAAGGACGGUACACCAUCGGAGGGCAAGGUCUGGCUGACAUUCAAAUACCCGGACCUCUUCCCGGUGUUGAAGUACUGCAAGGAUGAGGAGGUCCGCAAGCAAGUCUUCAUCGCGAAUGAGAACAAGUGUCCCGACAAUGUGGCUUUGUUCAAGGAGACCAUCACUCUACGUGAUGAAGGCGCUCGUCUGUUGGGAUACUCAAACCACGCCACAUUCAGGAUUGAGGACAAGAUGGCAAAAACACCAAAGACUGUCGAUGACUUCCUCGGAGACCUCAAGCAGCGCCUUGCACCUGGUGGACUGAAGGAGAUUGAGAAGUUGAAGGAGCUGAAAAAAGCUCAAACUGGGAAUGCUGACCACUACUUCUUGUGGGAUCACCGCUUCUACGACACCCUCAUGCUCGAGAAGGACUACCAGCUCGAUCAACACACUAUUGCCGAAUAUUUCCCUCUGCAGACCUCCAUCAGCGGAAUGCUCGACAUUUUCGAGCAGCUCUUCGGUCUGCAAUUCGUCGAAGUCAAGGGCGAGCACCGCGAUCAGAUCUCCGAGACCGGCAAGGGCGAUGACAUUGUGUGGCAUCCCGAAGUGCAAGUCUUCUCCGUCUGGGAUGACGCAGGUGAAGGCAGCGGAUUUGUAGGCUACCUUUAUCUCGACUUAUUCCCUCGCGAGGGCAAGUAUGGCCACGCCGCCAACUUCAACCUCCAACCCGGCUUCAUUCAAGAGAACGGCACUCGGCGCUACCCUGCCACUGCUCUCGUGUGCAACUUCAGCAAGCCCACACCGAAGAAACCCUCCCUCCUCAAACACGACGAAGUCGUCACUCUUUUCCAUGAGCUCGGCCACGGCAUCCACGAUUUAGUCUCACGUACCACAUACUCUCGCUUCCACGGCACCAACACCGUCCGCGAUUUCGUCGAAGCGCCCUCCCAAAUGCUCGAGAACUGGUGCUGGACUCCCUCGCAGAUCAAGUCCCUUUCUAAACACUGGUCCUACCUCACACCCGAAUACACCGAAGCAUGGAAAGCGUCCGCCGGAAAGGACACCAAGCAGCCCUCGGAGUCUAUGCCCGACAGCUUGAUCAAGUCCAUCGUCAGCACCCGCCACAUUAACGACGCGCUCUUCAACCUCCGCCAACUACACUUCGGCAUGUUUGACAUGACGGUCCACGAGCCAAAGUCUCACUCGGACGUUGAGAACCUUGACGCUUCGACUACGUACAAUAAGCUCCGCCACGACAUCUCCAAGAUCGAUGGCCCAGAGGCACUCGGUGAGCCGUAUUCGUGGGGUUCCGGCCAGGCCACUUUUGGACAUCUCAUGGGCGGGUACGAUGCGGGUUACUACGGUUAUCUGAGCAGUCAGGUGUACUCGGCGGACAUGUUCCAGACGGUGUUUGCUAAGGAUCCGAUGAACGGGGAGCAGGGACGAAGAUAUCGACAUGGAGUGCUGGAGAAGGGUGGCAGUCAGGACGAGAUGGAGACCUUGAAGGGAUUCCUGGGGAGGGAGCCGAGUAGUGAUGCUUUCUACAAGGAGUUGGGUGUGGCGUAGGGCACAGGAAAAGGGAUAUGGGUGGAGAGGAGAGAAGACGAGCAGCUGAGACUCGCAGCAUUGCAUGGCGAUCGAGGCAUCGCGUACUCCAUCAGCAUGCAAUGGAAAUACUUUCUGACAG